GUGUGCAUUUUCUGAAUGUGCCGCGACAAGGCGAAGAGAUUGCGAGAGAAGGCGGAAUCCGACGAGGUGAUAGGACGGCCGAGGGGGGGGGGUCCGUUUGGCGUCGCCGCAUUGUUCACGCCCGGGCCCAGAGCCUCGAAGGGUGGGAGGCCGUCGUGGAGGGGGUGGUUCAUAAACGCUCGGCACCGCCCUGCAGUCACAUUCCUCGUCGAGACGGGUACGAUGGCGGAGGGCGUCUCCGUCGUAGAUCCUCCCCUGGUCAACGGCAACCGGCCCGAGGACAAGAGCGAGAUCAGUGCGCCGAGCCCCAUCGACGGCUUUUUCAUGUUCAAAGACAAAGUGUGCUCGCAGACGGGUGUGAACAGUGGUGUAACUGAGUGCAACGGCCGUCCGAUGCCGCAGGAAGACCUGGAGUCCAUCAACUCCGAGGAGGACAACUGUCGCAAAAAGAGAUGCUCCGAUAGAUACGAUUCCUCCGAAAGUUCUGACAGUGGAGUGGCAGUUCACUGUGGAGAUUGCGGUUCGAGCAACAGCGAUAUAACAGAGCCGUGCUCUCCGCUGUCGACGACCUCACUUGAAGAGAUGCCACCUACUCAGACACAGCCGACUUGGCCCUGGUCUGACGGAGACCCUCCUUCAAAGAGGCCGAAGCAGGGAAAGAUAACUGAAUAUUUCAAGUCGAAGACAAAGAAGCUGUUUCAAGGACAGAAGCAAGCUUAUGGUGAUAAGGAGAUGAGCCUGAUAGAAUCAAGUGUGACUGAGUUUCUCCCGGCGUCGCCCUCGGAGGGCCCCGACUUCCUCGAGACGCCCCCAUCUUCCAGGGAAGAGGAUGAGGACGAGCCUAGUCCGACCUCGCUUGAGACCUCGUCUUCUUCCUCGUCAUCGGAUACCUCUAUGAAAAAAGAAGAUGACUCCUCUCAGACUGACACCGUCUCCGACCUAUUCCACAGGAGCACGGACAGCAAAGAGAAAAAGGAGGAGAGAACCAUAAGGUUCCCUCUUAAGAACGGAUGGCGAGGACAUUACGUCUCCGACGUAAUCUGCAGGUGGACGGAUUGCGAUGCCAAAUUCAAUACAACAUCCGCCCUUUUAGAACACCUACAGAUUACGCAUGUAAAUUCGCAAACGCUCGGGGAGUACUUUGUUUGCCAGUGGAUAGAUUGCAAGGUAUUCGAGAGGAAGAGUUGCUCCAGGACCUGGCUCGAGAGGCAUGUCCUUUCGCAUGGAGGGAACAAACCUUACAGAUGCAUCGUUGACGGCUGCGGACAGAGGUUUAGUAGUCAGACCCUUCUACAGAGGCAUGUGAACAACCACUUCACCGAGAGGGAUCAGAAAACGGAGUCCAAGAAAGGUUGCGAGCUCACCAACAAGCUGAUAAGGAGAAACGGCAAGAAGCUGAGAUACCGCCGGCAGCCCUUCUCUGCGAGGAUCUACGACUACUUCGACGCCGGAAUUAUGAUAGGAUUGCAGCACAACUUAAUCGAAAUGACUGAGAAGAGGACCCAGGGUCAAUUUGACACAUGUCCCGGUGACUCGAUAAUUCUCCAAAGCAAGGUCAUGGGUAAAAGGACUGAUCUCAACGGAGAAGCCCAGGUGUUACUUAGGUGGUUUCCAAAUAACAUACUGGGCGAUGAAUGGGUGAGUGUGGAACGAGUUGAAAUGACAAGGACUGUUCAAAUCCCAUCACUGCCUGUUCAGAGUAAAGACUGCCUAAACUCAUAUCUUCAUAAUCACCAGAGGCUGCGCCCCAUUCGGACGGGGCGUAAGCAGACCACUGCCAACGCUACAUGAUAUAAGUAUCAAGUCUCGUCAUAUAGUACUAAGUACACAUCUUUCCCGACAUUCAGUUUUGUGUUCGGAAGCUGAGAGAAGCCUCAAAGUCGUCAUCGUGAUCUUCGCCAUUGUUUUUCAAAAUAUUACAAGAAGAAAAAAUUAAAUGCUUUUAUGAUUCUGUAAAGUCGUUUUUCAUUAAGAGUGGCCUUUUUUCUUAAAAAAACAACAAACAAAAUGAAUAAAUUCAGCAAAUCAUGGCUUAAAUUCAGUACAAAGUAUACUAAUUAAUUAAUAAUGAGCAUUUUAUUAAGCACGUUAUAGUGAGUUUUUUUAAACUUUAGGUUUAUUUUUUAUUUUAUUUUUAUUAUCAUUAUUAUUUUUAAAUAUAAUAUCUAUAGGAACUUUAUAUUGAGAACGUGAACAAAUAAGUGCUGCUAAACGGCAUUUUAACUGUUAAAACUCAUUGUAACGAAUGCUGAGAAAAUGCUUUCUUUAGAAGACUGACUAGUUUUAAGAUAAAACGGUAAAGCCUGUUCACCACUUACUUCCCAUGUAUUUGCUGAAUUUCUUUUCUAGAAAGUUCUCAAUAUCCAUAUAUUCGCCCCUCUUAAUGAAAUAUGCAUUUUCAAAAGACAUUCUGAAAUUCUACCAAAAUGAUAAUAAUAAAAACAAAAGCGUUCAAUUUUUAUCUUGACAUCAAGUACAAAAUUUUUAUACUGAAUAUGUAACUUUUUGGAUCUGCAAGCGGAGGUUUUUCUUUUUUUUAGGCUAGAAGACUUAAAAACUAGUGGCGUGGAAGAGAUAAGAGAAAAAUGAAUUUAUCGUUAUUUAGUUUUCUCAUGUUUUAUAAUUGUUAAAUCUUGUUUUCCCUUUUUUUAAUAUUGUAAAUGUUUAAAAAAAACGAAAUGAAAUUAGUAGGUCCUAUAGAGUUAGUUGUCUUUAAGUUCCUGAAACAAAAAUCGUCUUUUUCGUGUGAAUAUUGAAAAUAAAUAGUAAAAAAGAUAUUGAAAAAAAGCAAAAAAAAAAGUUUACU